AAGCAGAAGAACCUAACCUAACACACAUUUUUAUUUUCGAUUUGGAAAACAGAAAAUUCUGCGAUGUGGUUUUGUAUGGUGUUUUGUGAUUCGAUUUGAUAUGAAUGAAAACUACGUAAAAUCUGUUCGCGAGUCACUGUACAAGGACAGAGAACAAAAAAAUAUGCCAAGAACAGCCAAGAAAAUUGCUUUUGCUCCUGCCGAGUACAAAUCCGAAUUUGCAUUCUCCUCUCCUCCAACGAAAAAGCAAAAGAAAACAGAAACGAACGGUAAAAUGAGAAAGAAGAAAAAACGGAUAGCUCCUCAGAGCAGUGACGAGUAUUUUGAGCCUAAAACAGCCCUCUGCCUCAAACUACCAAAAAGGAAUCAACCCCAUCGGUCUAAAAAACACUCUAAAAGGGAGAGAAAACUAUCUAAUGAUGAAAAUGGCAGGUAUUCUCUUUCCCCCUCUAAAUCAGAAACAGAUUUUAAAAGUUCUAAUUUCACCAAAGAAGAAAUUCUUUUUCCUAGAAGUAUAAAAACAAAAUUAUCAUCUGGAGAAUCAUACAUAGUACUUUCUGGCUCUGAAACUGAUGAUAGCCAAGGAUCUUUUACACUGAGUGAUUUUUUUGAUACACGUGAACAUAGUCUGAAUGAGUCAGUGACAGAAGCCCAUGCAGGCAUUGAUUAUGAAUUUGUCAGUAAUGGCUUGGAAAAUGCCAAAAUCAGUCAUGAAAAUAUAUUUUUCACCCCCUAUGAGGAUGAUGUGAAUGUUUUAUCUGAAGAUAUGAAGGUUUUAUCUGAAGAUAUGAAGGUUUUAUCUGAAGAUAUGGAGGUUAUGCCUGAAGAUGUGGAUGAAGAAACUCAGUCUGGAGAUGAUUUAGAUACUAGGGAAUCAGAUUUCAUGGAUAAAUGUGAAAUUGCUCAAGAAUCUAUGGAAAUUGUGAAAUAUUCCAAUGAAUCUAGUACACUUUUAGCUGAGACAAUUAAACCAUCAGAGAAUCUUAUAAAGAUAGUUGAAACUUUUGAAAUUGGAUGUGAUUUUCUGGUGUUGAUGAAAGACCAUGGAACUGUACCAUUUUUUGGUUUGUUCAGUGUCAAAGUUUUGCAAGGAGAAGUUGAAAUUCUGGGUUGUGUCUUGGAUGAGAACUCCAAAGAAAUCAGUGUUUAUUCCCCAAGAGGAUCAUCUCUCCUCUCAAUCAAAAAUUCAACUUGUAAUGGAAAGGAUGGGAAACUUUCAGAAAUAAUACCAACUCUAACAGUGCCUGAUUCUUUGAAAGAGAUUUAUAUCAAUAGUACUACUGCUGUUUUUAGAUGCAAAGGAAUAGAUGACCCAAAAAUUAGUUUCAUAGAAAAGCACAUUUCCCAGCAAAUAUUUCCAAAGACUGACAAGAAAGAAUUUCCUCAAGUUAUGUUUGAGCCCAAAGGUGACUGGAAUGUAGUGGUGGAAAAUAGUGAAUGGGAUACAAUUUUAGAAACAGUAACACCAUCUACAAAGUUAUUAGUAACAGGUGGUAAGGGGGUAGGAAAAAGUACAUUCAUCAGAUAUGCCAUCAACAGGCUUUUGAAUGCUCACAAAAAAAUCAGAGUAGUUGAUUUGGAUCCAGGACAACCUGAAUUCACUGUGCCAGGCUGUGUUUCUUACCUUACCUUGACUGAACCCAUUCUGGGACCCAAUUAUACCCAUCUCAAGCAAACUGAAAGAUCUUAUCUGAGCAGCAUCAAUGUUGGCCAUGAUCCUGAUCAGUACCUUUACAGUGUGAAAUUUUUGAUGAGGGAAGUGGAUAGCUUGCAGAAUCUCCCUACCAUCAUCAAUUACAUGGGAUUCACAUCAGGCAUAGGCCUCAAUAUCAUUUCAUCCGCCAUAACCUACAUCCUACCGACAGACGUCGUUCAGAUCGAUAGCGACAGCCACAAGAGAAAUUUCGCACACCCCUUAACUGUGGACACUGUCCAGCAAAAAUGCCGUUUGUUUGCGAGGAAUCGGGCAGACCAAUUGGACUACAAUUUGCACAAAAUCAGGGCGAUGACCGAUCAAAAAAAUGGCGGAUGGAAAUUGGAGCCGAGGCAAAGCAGAGAGAUGUGCGUUUUAGCGGAUUUGGGACGGAUGAUGACCGAUAGGGUUCAGUCCUUGACGGAUUGGAGGCUGCCGAUGUUCGAGAUAAACCUAAAUUCGAUCCACAUAACCGACCCCACCGGUGCCCCACUUCCCCCCGCAGCCGCCAACGCCAACUUAGUUGCCCUCUGCGCAAAACCCCACCCCCAAAAAAACUUAUUCGCCCGCUUAGGGCACGCCAUAGUCAGAGGCGUCGAUUUAUGCGAAUCCACCCUUAAAAUCGUCACCCCCGAAAAUAUGGCAACUUUGGAGGAGGUGCACCAUCUGGUGGUAGUGGGGGUGAGCGGGGUCGGUUUGCCCCCGGCGCUUUACAUGACGGCCGACGAGGUGGUAGGUCACGUGCCGUACGUCAGCGAUGGUCGGUUGGUGUCUUUGGGGCAGAUCACCAAAAGGUCAUAUCUGCCGGCCAAUAAGAAGUGAAGAAGAUAUAUUCCCGAUUAAAAUUGAUUUUUUGGGUUUUCAAAAGGUUGUUUUUCCAGGAUAAAAAUUUGUUUUCCCAGGAUACAAAUUCCUACAUACAAGUUGAAAUUCUGACAAAUAAGUUAUUUUUUCUACAAGCUCACGGAAAACUCACUUUUCCGCACAAGUUCGGAAAGUGCAUUUGUUGUUUUCCCAGGAUACAAGUCAGAUUUCUGACAUACAAGUCAAAAUCCUUACAUACAAGUUGAAAUUUUGAGAUACACGUCAGACUUCUGAUGUACAAGUCGAAAUUCUCAGACACCCAUUGAAAUUUUGAUAUACAAGUUAAUUUUUUUACUAGCGUACGGAAAAGUGUACUUUUCCGCACUAGUUUUCAUAAUUCUUUCAUUUGGGUUCUUGAACAGUUGUUUUCCCAGGAUACAAUAAGUCAGAUUUCUGACAUAUAAGUCGAAAUUCCUACAUACAAGUUGGAAUUUUGAGAUACAAGUCAGACUUCUGAUGUACAAGUCGAAAUUUUGACAUACAAGUUAAUUUUUAACACCCGCCGAAGGAUUUUGACUAGAUAUUUUGACAUUAACAAAAACUAUAAUUUCUUACAUAUUUUUCAAUUUUGCAAGAUACCAGUACAUAUUGACAUACAAGCCAAUUUCUGACAUACAUCAUAAGGGUUUUUGAUUUUUGACUUGGAAUUCUGACAGUUGACAUAUAAAAUUCUUACAUAGUUCAAAUCUGUUGGAAUUGACAUACACGUCAAAUUCUGGCAGUGACAUCUCAAACUUCUUACAUACAAGUCAAAAUUCUGACAUAUUCCUCAAAAUUCUUUUAUGCAAAACAAAAUCCCCAGAUCUGUCAAGAUUCUGAAAUGUCAGAAUGUUGUUUUGGAUUCCUCUAUUCAAGGCUUGUUUCUCUAAUUCUGAUUUAAAAAUGAGAAUGGUGACUUACCUAAUAUAAUUAUGAUGUGCCAGAGUCAAUUUUGUUGUUGUUAAUUUCUUAUAGAAUAUUCAAGAUUAAAAAUAGGUUAUUAUUUGACAUUAAUGUCUAUUGUUUUCGACUUUAUCAAAGUAUUUUAUAAACGACCGUUUUUCUAUUUUAUUUUUAUGAAACGGUUUUUGAAAUAGUUAUGUAAUAUAAAGCAGAAUGAUUUGUUAUGAUGUAUUUUUAUGGAAAAUAUUAUAACAUGAACAAACUCUCUUGAAAAAGUUGGAAUUACUGCACUGCAGUGAGAAAAUUAAACAACAUUUCCCAGUUAUAGUGGAGAAUGAUCAUCACCAUUUCAAAUAAUAUAAAUAAUGAAGACUUCAUGAAAUCCUACUGAAAAUAAAAUGUUCUGAACAAAUUCUUGAAGAAUGAGUUUGGAAACAUUUAUUAAUAAUUCAAUAUCAAAUAAACUAUUCAGUAAAUCAACACUCACCUUGUCUAUUUUAUAUUCAGUUUCUGCAUUCCACAACAAAAUUGAGAUUCUCUUAGGGAAUGUGAAAUGAUGGAUGAAGGUUUGGGUUAGGGUCUAAAAAAACUCUGAACUGAAUACAAAUUUUAAAUAACACUUUUCUUUAUUGAGAUAUCCAAUUCAUAUCAUUGAAUUGACUGAUACUCAUGCUAUUUAUUGUUUUUCAGUAUAUUCAUUCAUCUUACAAAAUUCUUGUUCAAUAAUAAUUCAUAAACAUAAUAAAUGUAAAUAUAAUAUUAGGUAUAUAAAAUAAGGUUUCUUCCUAAUUUUAAUCUUCAUCAUUCAACAGCAUAGACACAAGUUCAGGUUUUUCACACUGACCAACUUCUAGUCUCUGUGGACAGCCCCAUCUAACCUUUAAAACAAACAACAAAGAUAAUAAUAUCAAUAACAUACAACCUUUGACUGAGUGGCAGUGUUGUGUAUACUAUUCCUAUAGUAAUAGUUCUAUUACUUUCGGAUCCCAUCUAUUACGCUAUUACGUACACUCUUAAAUAAUUCCAAAUCUAUUACUAUUCCAACAGAACGUCAUUAUUCACGGAUUCAUGCACAUUAUCUGUGAGUUCUGUGAAUAUUGACAAUUGACUUCGUAUGACAUUCGAAGUUUAUCCAUGAAAUAAAUUGUUUCUUUUUCAUCUUUCUACGUAUAGGCAUGAUACUAAAACCAAUUUAAGAAUAUUUUGUGACUGAUGCUCUUGUGAUAAUUAUUUGGUUCAUCAGUUAUUGAAUGGAAGUUCCUUUGUUCGAAGUUCAUUCAUGAAAUGAAUUUUGAUGAGUUCUUUGAUGAUUUCAUUCUCCUAUUAAAUAUUCAACUUCAAUACAUUGUUUUAUUCGUAUUGUGAUGAAAAUAAAUAAUAUUUUCGAAUACUUAUAAUAGAUAAUUAAGUCAUACAGAAGUGAGCUCCUGCGCAUGCGCAUAAGGCAAUGUGACAUCAAAAAGUAAUAGAUUUUCAAAAAAUAGUAAUAGAUUGCAAAAAUUCUCUCUUCUGGCAGAAUCUAUUACUAUUUUGUCUUUGAAAAUAUUACUUUUCUCAUUUUGACUGACAUAUGCAACACUGCUGAGUGGUUUAAUGUUUGUUUGAGAUCUUACCAGGGUGGGCAGCCCUAUCAAUUUGGUUUUGGGGUCCUUCCUGAAAGGACAAUUCGGGUCUUUCCAUGUCGGUCUGUCGCCCACUUCCACAUAGACAAAAUGGGAGGAAGGAUCACACUUUUCCAGUUCUGCAUCGAUUACUGGCUUUGCUUUUUGGCAAUCGUCGCACCAACUUUCCCCGUUGGGUAGUUUCGAGCCAGAGAAAUAAAUGUGCACUGUUUGGCCCUUGCUAUCGAACGUUUUCAAAAACUCCACGAAAUUGUCGUAGCCUUCUACGUGAUGUGUUAUGACCAUUUUUCUAGAUAUGAUUUCCACUUACUUGGAAAGCUCCUACACCCUUUAUGGUUUUCCAGAUUGUUCUCAAUUGUUAACAAGUGGUCAUAUGAUAAUGAUAAUUAUAUUUUUAUCUUAUUAUCUUUGGGAUUAAUUAGUGGGCUACUGGAAAAUUUUGUAAAACCUUGUUUUUUUUGUAAAUAAUUUAAAAACCUAACCUCUAUUUGUGACAGUGACAGAUUCCGACAUGUCUACGUUAUCGUCCGCCGGUUAUGUUCUAUCGUGCUAUCGACAUAUUCAAAUAUCAAUGAUUCGGUAAGAACGCAUAUUUGGACCAAUGAGAACGAUUCCAACUAUGGCAGUCAUUUCAUACAUCGGCGUCUCGGAGCAGGAAUGUACAGGCAAGUUG